AUACUCAAUACGUUGUAAGUGGUGUGCCGCUGGCGCACUCACAAAUCUAGUCCCGUCAUAUGGAUACACUUCCCUCAAAACCACCAAGUGGGCCUCGCAAUUCCACGGAUAACAGUAGGCGAGCACGAAGACAGCGGGAGAGGGAUAAGAAACCGAAGAGCAACCACGAAACAGGAUCGUCACAUAGACGCGAUGAGAAGGAAAAGGAGACAAAAGAUAGGUCCAAGGAGGGAGGAAAGGGAAAACAGAAAGAAAAGGAAAAGGUUGGAAACCUACUGAACAUUAACCCCCCGGCCAAUGGCGAGCUUGGGGAUGAUUUCAUACCAUUCAUCCUGAGUGAUGCUUCCGCUUCUGACGAGGAAAUGUCUCACAGAGACGAUCACUCGCGCUCUCGUGCUUCCGUUCGAGAAUGGGACAAAGGUAAAUCUAGAGAGCACGACAGGGAUGGAGGUCGUCAUUCUACUGGAGGGAAACGCAAACACGAUGCCAUCUCUGACGAAGAGGACGAUUGGCGUUAUAGACGGCGGAGAAUGGAGCCUCCUGCAGCUUCGCGGAGCGCCCCUUGGAUUUCUUCCAUAAAUUGGGACAAAUGCAAUAAUGUGCCAGAGAUGUUGCACCGUGAAGUUGAAGCAUUUGUCAACUACAUGUCACCCUCGCCUGUGGAAGACGAAAUCCGUGGGCUAGUGAUCAGUCUAGUCACAAAGGCUGUUUCUUCUGCAUUUCCAGACGCACAAGUGCUACCUUUCGGCAGCUAUGAAACCAAACUCUAUCUUCCAGAUGGUGAUAUUGAUUUAGUGAUUCAAUCCGAGUCUAUGGCCUACAGCAACAAAGUUACUGUUCUCCAUGCCCUUGCCAACACCCUAAAACGCGCAAAAAUAACUUCCAAAGUUACUAUCAUUGCCAAAGCCAAAGUGCCCAUUGUCAAAUUCGUCACCAACCAUGGCAGACUUAAUGUUGAUAUCAGCAUCAAUCAAGGCAACGGUGUCAUCGCUGGGAAGAUUGUCAAUGGUUUUCUCAAAGACAUGCAUGGCUGCGGUUUUGCAUUGCGGAGUCUUGUGAUGAUCACGAAAGCAUUUUUGAAUCAACGUGGUAUGAAUGAGGUUUAUACAGGGGGCUUGGGAAGUUACAGCAUAGUGUGUCUCGCAAUUAGCUUUUUACAGAUGCAUCCGAAAAUACGUAGCGGUGAAAUCGACGCGGAGAAGAACUUGGGAGUUCUGGUGAUGGAGUUCUUCGAGCUCUAUGGAUGUUAUUUCAACUACGAGGAGGUAGGGAUUUCGGUUAGGAAGGGAGGGACAUAUUUCAAUAAGAGGCAAAGAGGAUGGUACGAUUUCUAUAAAACAAACUUAUUAUCGAUUGAAGACCCUACUGAACCUUCAAAUGACAUAUCGAAGGGCUCAUUCGGUAUCGCUAAGGUUCGGCAGACGUUGGCGGGAGCUCACGGAAUAAUGACGAGUACAUCAUUUCUUCGAGCUGGUAUUCUCGGUUCCCGUAGGGAAGGACGCUCAUACUCCUUACGGAAUAACCAUUAUCCAGAAGAUAUGAGUAUAUUAUCAAGUAUCUUGGGCGUUACGCAGGAGACAAUCAACCAUCGCCUUCUCCUGCAAGAAGUUUAUGAUGAGAUGGUACUACAUCGGUUACUGGGCGUGAUACCACGAGCUUCAGAAUAUACUGAUGUCUCUAUCGACGGACCCCAGGUAUCAAAAACAUCAUCAAAACCAAAUUCCCAAUCAGCACGAGGAGCGAAGAGCGUCAAGGAAGCAUGGAAAGAGGCCGAUGCAGAGCGCUCCGAAGAAGUGGCGGUAGAGGUGCAAAACGGUGUUCAUGGUAGUCGAAGGC